AUGCAGCACCAGCAUAGGCUUCUCAUACUGUAUGCAACUCAAACCGGCAAUGCAUUGGAUGCUGAUGAACGUCUUGCUCGUGAAGCCGAACAAAGAUCCUGCCCCAAUAAACUUCUUUCUCUUCAUGAUUAUGAUCCUAGUCUGUUACCUCAGGAAGAGGCUGUCAGUUUUGUGGUUUCUACCACAGGCCAGGAUGAUGCCCCUGAUUCCAUGAAGGUCUUUUGGAGGUUUCUUCUUCAGAGAAACCUAAGCAACCAUUGGCUGAAAGGGGUUCAUUACACUGUCUUUGGUUUGGGUGAUUCUGGUUAUCAUAAAUACAAUUUUGUUGCAAAGAAGCUGGACAAAGGAUUAAUGGACCUUGCAGGAACAACUAUUGUAGAAAGAGGCUUGGGAGAUGAUCAGCACCCUUCAGGCUAUGAAUGUACUCUUGAUCCUUGGAUGUCUUCUCUAUGGAGAAUCUUAAACAUGAUCAAACCAGAAUUAUUACCAAAUAGCCUAGAUGUUGUAAUUCAAGAUACAAUGUUGGUUGACCAACCGAAAGUCCAAAUCUCAUAUCACAAAAUUGAAAAUAUCAAGUCGCAUUUUUAA